GCUUCCGUUUUCCGGUGUGGCGUCGGUCUCCUCCCAGGCCGGGUGGGCAGGCGGAGCGGAGGCCUUCGGGCGGGGCAGGCCUCCCAGGCUCCGGAACAGUGGGACCUGUGUGCUUGGCCCCCAGGUGCGCGAGGCCGAGUCGAGCUUCGCCCCAGGGCCGCCCAGGGCUCCGACUCCACGGAGGGUGAGCGCCGGGCGCGGCAGUGGGUGAUAGAAGGAACCAAGAACCUCGGGAAAAGGGAAUACUGCAGGAAAGUGGACCCCAGGCCUCAGUAGGUAACUGUGCUGUCCCCGACUUCUCCACCCAGCAAUCCUACUUGGGGACUCAGGAAGCACACUGGGCCUGAUGUAUGGGCAACUGAGGAUGACACAGUGUGACGCACAAGCCACCCUGGAAAAGCCCAGGCCACACACAGAGUGUGACUUGUGUGACCUGCUCAGGACUGACGUGGCCAGCAUCUCUUCUGGGCAGUGAAAGCAUGAAAAACACCCACCCUCCUGAUUCUGCACAUGCCCUUGCAGGCAAGGAAGUGGAAACAGAGAAGCUUCGAUGUUCAUUUAUCCUGUUAUACAGAUUCUCUAGGAACAAUCACCGAAUGGCUAACAUUUGACAACAUGCACCACCAGUGGCUUCUGCUGGCCGCAUGCUUUUGGGUGAUUUUUAUGUUCAUGGUGGCCAGCAAAUUCAUCACGUUGACCUUUAAAGACCCUGAUGCCUACAGCGCCAAACAGGAGUUCCUGUUCCUGACAGCCAUGCCAGAUAUGGGGAAGUCGCCAGGAGAGAAUCGCUUUCCUGAGGAACUGAAGGAAAUUAUGUGUCAUAAUGCCAUCAGCGGAGUGACAGGAAGACAGCCCACACACCCGCUCCUCGGUUUGUGCAAGUCGAAGAUGAAAGAACAAGAGCAGUCGCUGUUUCUGGUUGAGCUGUGGUCCAGUUUAUCCAAGGAUCCUGCAUGCCAGGCCCCUGAGGGCGAAGCAGGCCCACAGAGCUCUGCGCCUACUGGGAAGAUGCUUUUGGAUAGCCGGCUAGCCCAGCCCCUGGUCUAUAUGGAGCGCCUGGAGCUCAUCCGAAACGUCUGCCGGGAAGAGGCCCUGAGGAACCUCUCACACACCGCAGUGUCCAAGUUUGUCCUCGACCGCAUAUUUGUCUGUGACAAGCACAAGAUCCUUUUCUGCCAGACUCCCAAAGUGGGCAACACCCAGUGGAAGAAAGUGCUGAUCGUGUUAAAUGGAGCCUUUCCUUCCAUCGAAGAGAUCCCUGAAAAUGUGGUUCACGACCAUGAGAAGAACGGCCUCCCUCGUCUUUCCUCCUUUAGUGAUGCAGAAAUUCAGAAGCGCUUGAAAACAUACUUCAAGUUUUUUAUCGUGAGGGAUCCCUUCGAAAGACUGAUUUCUGCUUUUAAGGAUAAAUUUGUUCACAACCCUCGCUUCGAACCUUGGUACAGGCAUGAGAUUGCCCCUGGCAUCAUCAGGAAAUACAGGCGGAACCGGACAGAGACCAGGGGCAUCCAGUUUGAAGAUUUUGUGCGCUACCUUGGGGACCCAAACCACAGAUGGCUAGACCUUCAGUUUGGCGACCACAUCAUUCACUGGGUGACGUAUGUAGAAUUGUGUGCGCCCUGCGAGAUAACGUACAGUGUGAUUGGUCACCACGAGACCCUAGAGGACGACGCCCCAUACAUCUUAAAGGAGGCUGGCAUAGACCACCUGGUGUCGUAUCCCACCAUCCCGCCGGGCAUCACCAUGUAUAAUAAAACCAAGGUGGAGCUCUACUUUCUGGGUGUCAGCAAACGAGACAUCCGGCGUCUGUAUGCCCGUUUCGAAGGGGACUUUAAGCUCUUUGGGUAUCAGAAGCCAGAUUUCUUGCUAAACUAAUGUGUAGGACUAUGAAUACAGGUGUCUUUGUUAGACCAGAGUCUAAGCAGGUGGAGAUCUGAGCACAGAAAUGACGCUUCCUCCAUCACGCUCCUUUGAAGACUCUUGAGUCUCCCACGGACCCGCGUGUGCCUCAGCUGGUGAAGCUGCACCCUGACCAUUAUGGCUUAGUUUGAACAUCUGGUGCACUGAGGGCCUCACCCCCCGCUACCAAUGCCAUUAGGUCUUUUCUCUCCUUAGAAGGGGAAAUAACUAAAUAUUUGCUGUCUAACAGACUUGGAGGAAAAAUUAUAUGGCGUUAGGAGUCGUUUCCUUCAGCUGUCAAGGAGGCAGGUGCAGUCGCAGCUUCCCUGGUGAUAGGAUGGUCCUGCCUGUCACUGGGAGACUGCAGGGAUGGCACUCCGACCCAUCAAGAGACACGAGAAGCUGAUGGCCUACAGAAAUCACAGGGGCUAAUGCAGGACCACAUCUGAGUAAUAAAAUUACAUCUCUGGCUUUCAUCCUGGCGCUGCUAUAUUCACAGGCAAACCAUUCUUUCCACAGCUGUCUUCUUCCUGUGAAAUUCAGGGGUGAGCCAAGGGCACUUUUUGGCAGUCCAUCUUUCCAGAGUAUACGCCUAUAUACUGCUAGUCCCUGUUUCUGAAUGUCUGCCUGCUGAGUGAUUAUCUUAUUCAGCCCAAGAGAUACCAUUUUGGAAAGUGAGGGCAGUAUAGAUUCUUUCGACCUGAGAACAUUUUGGGGACCUUAAAGGGAACAUGGCAUGGAAAAGGAAGAGCUGGCUGGGUUCUGGAGCUCAGGCAGCUGUAGAUUUAGGUAUGUCCAUCCUGAUUAUUGUUUUCUCUUGUCUUUGUCCCGUCUGGAUAGCGACAGGGGCUUCUUACCUGUGAAGGCCAGCACGGGCAAUAUGCCAACGUUGCAGAGUCAGUGCAGUUUACAUGUUUUAUUUUUUCAUCUCAGCAAAGUGCUCACCACUGGACCUGUUUCUGAUAAUGCCAUCAUCCUGGACUCCAAGUUGGAUAAUGAGGUUCACCAGCAAUAAAAUCCUGGGCCCAGGCAGCCUCCAAUAACACAUCUCCCAGGCACUGAGGAGCAAGCCAUGGCCACCAUGUCACAUGCCAUCUGACAGCGAGGGUCCUUGGGAUACCGGACAGUUUCCCUGUGAAAAGACCCAAGUGCCCAACUCAACACAGUGCUCAUGGGCCCAGCUUUCCUUCCAGGCAGCUUCAGCCUUCCCUUUCUCAGAAAGACUGCCUGAGUCUGUAAAUGUGAAAGUAAAAUAAAAAUAUGUGCCAAACCUGA